UGCCUCUCCUCUGUGGACCUUUGGGAAGCUGCCGCCCACCCCGGGGGCUCGGGCCCUGACCCUGCCAGGCUGCCGACCAAAAUCUUGUGCCACUGAGUUCAACCAUGGUGCAUCCAGAUUCUCCUCAGAAGUGAGACUUUCCAAAGGACCAAUGACUCUGUUCCCUGUGCCCUUUCAUUUUUUCCUACUCUGUAGCUAUGUCUCGAUCCCGCCAUGCAAGGCCUUCCAGAUUAGUCAGGAGGGAAGAUCUGAACAGAAAGAAAAGCACCCAACUGAAGAAGACAUCUAAGGCAGCCAACAAAAAUGUGGCAUCAGUCAAGACUGUUAGCCCUGGAAAAUUAAAACAAUUAAUUCAAGAAAGAGAUGUUAAGAAAAAAAUAGAACCCAAACCACCUAUGCCAGUCAGAAGCCUUCUGACAAGAGCUGGAGCAGCACGAAUGAAUUUGGAUAGGACUGAGGUUCUUUUUCAGAACCCAGAAUCCUUAACUUGCAAUGGGUUUACAAUGGCUCUCCGAAGUACCUCUCUUAGCAGGCGACUCUCCCAACCUCCAGUGAUCAUAGCCAAACCCAAGAAAGUUCCACCUCCUAAAAAUUUAGAAAAGCAACAUGGAUGUGAUUAUAAUGUAGUUGCUGACACGGGAGUAAAACAGUCAGAAAAUGAUUCAGUUCCAACACAAGUCCCCCUAAUUGCUCCUGAUGUAGAGAAUCUAAUUGGUGUUCAAAAGGCAUCUUUAAUUAAAGGUGAGAGCCAAGAGACAACCCAGUCUUGGUCCCAAAGGGUGGAGGAUUCCAAAAUAAAUAUUUCCACUCAGAGUGACCCUGCAGCAGAGAUCCUUUCUGGGUCAUCGGAAGAGACAUGUGGUGGUGAAGGACUAUUCUCUAAAGAGACAUUGAAUGAUAUCAGCGACUCCCCUAGAAUGUUUGCUCAGGACACUCUGUGUGCUCCUUUGCUCCAAAGAGCAGCCCUCAAGGUUACUUACGAAGGAAACUCCAGCAUUCAGUUAGAAGAUUUGGGUUCACGAGUAGAAUCUCUUAAGCUAUCUGAUUCUUACCUGGAUCCCAUCAAAAGUGAACGUAAUGGCUACCCCACCUCAAACUUUAAUAAGGUUAUACCGGAAUUGGACCUUAGAAACUGUUUGUCCAUUGGUGGGUCAAUAUAUCCUACCUCAUUAAUAAAACUUCUCUUGGCAAGCUCAGAACAAGAAACCCUUGGUGCUAAACCAGAUCAUCAAGAGGUACUCAAAACUAUCCCAGAGCAACAGGAAAUUCCUGGUACCACACCUAUCAUAGGACAGGCUUUUAGUGCUGUCCCACAUCGAUGGGAAGUUCCUGGUGCUAACAUAAUUCAUGGAGAGGCUCUGGAUGAGACCCCAGACCCACCAGCGAUGCCUGGUGCUAUUCCAGUCCAAGGAGAGGUCUUCGGUGCUAUCCUAGACCAACAAAUCCUCGGAAUGGGUGGUGGUACUGCCUCAGACCCACCUAUCUUUCUUCCUGCUCCUCUAAACCCAAUUGCUACCUAUAAUGCUCUCCCAGAAUGGCUUGAGCCCCAGAGCACUGUUUCAUAUGGGCUUGAGGUCCAGGGCGCUGUGCAGAUUUUGCCUUUGGGCUCAGGUCACACUCCUCAGCCAUCAUCAAACUCAGAGAUAAGUUCAGUACCUCCAAUAGUGACUAUUAGCAAUAUAGAAAAUGAGAAGCAGGUUCAUAUAAGCUUUCUGCCAGCUAACACUCAGGGGGUCCCCAUAGCCCCUGAGCGAGGACUCAUCCAUGCUUCCCAGGGCAUUAUCCAACUUUCCCAGGCUGGUUCCAGCACAUUGGAAGGAGGGAGCUCCCAGAUCAGCAUGACCAGUGUGGCUAACACAGUGGUGUCUAGGCCAGUGUCACUCGCCAGUACCUCCUCUUCUCCUUCCUAUACAACUUUGCUACCUACUUUGGAAAAGAAGAAACGAAAGCGCUGUGGGGUCUGUGAGCCCUGCCAGCAGAAGACCAAUUGUGGUGAAUGUACUUACUGCAAGAACAGAAAGAACAGCCAUCAAAUCUGUAAGAAAAGGAAAUGUGAAGAGCUGAAAAAGAAACCAUCCGUCCUCGUGCCUUUGGAGGUUAUAAAAGAAAACAAGAGGCCCCAGAGGGAAAAGAAGCCCAAAGUUUUAAAGGCAUAUUUUGUCAACAAACCAGUAAAUGGCCCCAAGUCAGAAUCCAUGGAAUACAGGAGGAGCUAUGGGGGGGAACAGAGAUUGGAAUUAAACCCACCUCCCCUCGAAAAUGUAGCUAAAAAUGAAGAAAGUAUGACAGGUAUUGAAGUGGAGAAGUGGACGCAGCACAAGAAAUCACAUUUAACCGAUCAUGUCAAAGGCGAAUUUAAGGCAAUUGUGACAGAAGCUGAAAAAUUAAAAAAUUCUGAAGAUGACAGGAAAAAAGUCCUACUUACUGACUUAAUUGAGCCUCAGAAAUUGUUUGCACAAACCGUAAGAAACGGCAUUAAAAAUGUACACUAUUUACCAACCGAAACAAAUGUGUCUUUUAAAAAAUUCAAUAUUGAAGAAUUUGGCAAGGCAUUUGAAAACAAGUCCUAUAAAUUCCUGAAAGACACUGCCAACCAUAAUGCCAUGAGUUCCAUUGCCACUAGUACGAGCUGUGAUCAUCUCAAAGGGAGAAAUAAUGUUUCAGUCUUCCAGAAAUCUGGCUUUAACUGCAAGUCUUUUCCAGAUCCUGCAACGUUCCACUUAAAUAGUCAUACUAGUACACACAAUGAAAGUGAUGAACCAAAAUCUCUAGAAAAUAUACCAAGUAAAGAACUGAAAGGUGGAUCUCCAGUUCAACCAAGUCUUCUAUCCCUAAUGAAAGAUAGGAGAUUAACACUGGAACAAGUGGUGGCUAUAGAAGCUCUGACCCAACUGUCAGAAGCCCCAUCAGAAAAUUCCUCACCAUCAAAGUCAGAGAAGGAUGAAGAAACAGAACACAGAACAGCGAGUUUGCUUAAUAGCUGUAAAGCUAUCCUCUAUUCUGUAAGAAAAGACCUCCAAGACCAAAACUUACAAGGGGAGCCAGAAAGCCUUCGUCACCAUCCAUCUUUGGAAAAGCAGAGUUCAUGUGACACGGUGGUAUUCAAUGGCCAAAACAUUUCCAAGUCACACAACAACUCAGCUGCUAACCAGUCACCUACAAAGUCACAGGAAUAUUCAAAAGUCACAAAUUCGGUAUCUCUUUUCAUACCAAAUUCAAAUUCACCUAAAAUUGACACCAAUAAAAAUGUUGCUCAAGGUAGAAUCACUCUUGAUAAUGCUAAGAAUUUGCACCAUUUGCCACCAUCUAGUGAUAAAUUGGGAUACUGUAACCAGUCCCUGGCCAACAGUAAAAAGAUAGACUUAAAAGACGAUCCGUCGUGUCUAAAUACAAUACACAGCAAAAUAGAGGAAGACGUUGCAACCCAGUUAACACAACUUGCAUCAAUAAUUAAAUUCAAUUACAUAAAACAAGAGGACAAAAAGGUUGAAAGUACACGAACAAGCCUUGUUGCAUAUAACGCACAGCAAAAAUGUAGUCAGGAGAAGGUCGCAGUACAACAGAAAGCACCUUCCAGUGUACAAAAUAAUCAUAGCUCAUCAUUGACAAAGCAAAAGAACACAACACAGAAAAAGACAAGAGCUACCCCAUCGAGAGAUCGGCGGAAAAAGAAGCCUAUAGUCAUAAGUUGUCAAGAAAAUGACCGGAAAAAGCAGGAACAGUUGUCAUAUGAGUAUAGUAAGUUACAUGACAUUUGGAUAGCAUCUAAGUUUCAAAGAUUUGGUCAGUUUGGUCCACACGACUUUCCCAUUCUCUUGGGAAAAAUUCCUCCCCUAACCAAAGUAUGGAAACCACUGACUCAAACGAGUUCAGCAUUAGAACACAAAAAAUUAUUUCCUCCACUCACUCAGAUAAAAUUUGAGCGUUAUUAUCCAGAAUUAGCACAGGAAAGAAACAUGAAGGUUGAACCGUUGGAUUCUCUCCCAUUAUGCCAGUUAAAAACAGAAUCCAAUGGACAGGCGUUUACAGAAAAAGUUGAUAAUUCUCAGGUACAGCCAACAGUGAAUGUCAAUCAGAAAGCUCAUCCUUUACUCCAGCUCUCCCCUCCAACUAACCAGUGUGCUAAUGUCAUGGCCAGUGAUGACCAAACACAGUUCCCGCGGGAUGUUAAAGACCAACUCAUGCAUCAGAAACUGCCAACAUUGCCUGGUAUCUCUCAUGAAACCCCCUUACCAGACCCAGCACAAAUUCUCAGGAAUGUCGAUGUAGUAUGUUCAGGUGGAAUUACAGUGGUUUCUACCAAGAGUGAAGAGGACAUCUGUUCAUCUAGUGUUGGAGCUUCAGAAUUUUCCCCAGUAGACAGUGCACAGAAAAGUUUUAAUGAUUAUGCCAUGAACUUCUUUACCAAUCCUACAAAAAACCUGGUGUCCACAACAAAAGAUUCUGAAUUGCCAACCUGCAACUGUCUUGAUCGAGUUAUACAAAAAGACAAAGGCCCAUAUUAUACACACCUUGGGGCAGGACCAAGUGUUGCUGCUGUCAGGGAAAUCAUGGAGAAUAGGUAUGGUCAAAAAGGAAACGCAGUAAGGAUAGAAAUUGUAGUGUAUACGGGAAAAGAAGGAAAAAGCUCUCACGGGUGUCCAAUUGCAAAGUGGACUGCUAUGAGAAAAUACCAGACUGAGUGGCUUCUAUACAACAGAAAUUUAUUUCUCACAAUUCUGGAGUUUGGAAGUCUCAGAUCAGGGUGCCAGCAUGGUUGGGUUUUAAGAAGAGGCAGCGAUGAAGAGAAAGUUCUUUGUUUGGUUCGGCAACGGACAGGCCAUCACUGUCCAACAGCUGUGAUGGUGGUGCUUAUCAUGGUAUGGGACGGCAUUCCUCUCCCCAUGGCUGACAGAUUGUACACGGAGCUUACUGAAAACCUAAAGUCAUACAAUGGUCAUCCCACAGACCGAAGAUGCACGCUCAAUGAAAAUCGUACCUGUACAUGUCAAGGAAUUGAUCCAGAGACUUGUGGAGCUUCGUUCUCUUUUGGCUGUUCAUGGAGUAUGUAUUUCAAUGGAUGUAAAUUUGGUAGAAGCCCAAGCCCUAGAAGAUUUAGAAUUGAUCCAAGCUCUCCCUUACAUAACUACUAUGAAAGAAUUACUAAAGGACGUAAUCCAGAAAGAAGAUAUAUGAAACCGGAACCAAUCUGUCCGGGACACGAGGCCAUGGAAAAAAACCUUGAAGAUAAUUUACAGAGUUUGGCUACACGAUUAGCUCCCAUUUAUAAGCAGUAUGCUCCAGUUGCUUACCAAAACCAGGUAGAAUAUGAACAUGUUGCCCGAGAAUGUCGGCUUGGCAGCAAAGAAGGUCGUCCGUUCUCUGGGGUCACUGCUUGCCUAGACUUCUGUGCCCAUCCUCACAGGGACAUUCACAACAUGAAUAAUGGAAGCACUGUGGUUUGUACUUUAACAAGAGAAGAUAACCGCUCCUUGGGGGUUAUCCCUCAAGAUGAGCAGCUGCAUGUGCUACCGCUCUACAAACUCUCAGAUACAGAUGAGUUUGGCUCUAGCGAAGGAAUGGAAGCCAAGAUCCAAUCUGGGGCCAUUGAGGUGCUCGCACCCCGCCGUAAAAAAAGAACGCGUUUUACUCAGCCAGUUCCUCGUUCCGGGAAGAAGAGGGCCGCAAUGAUGACAGAAGUUCUCGCACAUAAGAUAAGAGCGGUGGAGAAGAAAUUCAUUCCUCGGAUCAAGCGCAAGAAUAACUCGACAACAAACAAUAGCAAGGCUUCCUCGCUGCCGCUUUUAGGGAAUAAAACUGAAGCCUUGCAACUUGAAAUAAAAAGUGAAACUGAACCCCAUUUUAUCUUCAAAGGUUCGGACAACACUAAAACCUACUCACUGACCCCAUCCAUUCCUCACACACUGAAAGAGGCAAACAUGUCUCCAGGUUUCUCCUGGUCCCCUAAGACUGCGUCGGCCACAACAGCUCCUCUUAAGAACGAGGCGUCAGUUCCGUACGGGUUUUCAGAAAGAAGCAGCAAUCCCCUCUGCACAGUGCCUUCUGCGAGACACAGUGGUGCUAAUGCAGCUGCAGGGGAGUGCACUGGAAUUGCGCAGCCUGGCGACGUGGUUUCUCUGCCCACCUUGUCGACGCCCAUGACAGAGACCCUGGUUUACUCUGAGCCUCCCAUUGGUCCGUCUGAACAGCUACCUUCUAAUCAUCCAAACCAGCAGCCCCCGUUCACCACCUCUCCCCAUGACCUGGCUUCCUCUCUGGUGGAAGAAGAUGAGCAGCAUUCUGAUGCAGACGAGCCUCUAUCCGAUGACCCCCUCUCAGACGAGCCCCUGUCCCCGGCUGAGGAGAAACUGCUCCACAUCGACGAGUACUGGUCCGACAGCGAGCACAUCUUCUUGGACGCCAACAUUGGUGGGGUGGCGAUUGCGCCUGCGCAUGGCUCCGUUUUGAUCGAGUGUGCCCGGCGAGAGCUUCACGCAACCACUCCUGUUGAACACCCCAACCGGAAUCAUCCCACACGCCUCUCCCUUGUUUUCUACCAGCACAAAAACCUGAAUAAGCCCCAACAUGGUUUUGAACUGAACAAGAUUAAGUUUGAGGCUAAAGAAGCUAAGAAUAAGAAAAUUAAGGCCUCAGAGCAGAAAGACCAGGCAGCUAAGGAGGGUCCUGAACUGUCCCCUGAAGUUAAUGAGUUGAACCAAAUUCCUUCUCAUAAAGCGUUAACAUUAACCCAUGACAAUAUUGUCACCGUGUCCCCUUAUGCUCUCACACAUGUUGCAGGACCCUAUAACCAUUGGGUCUGAAGGCUUUUCUCCCCUUCUUAAUGCCUUCGCUAGUGCAGUGUAUUUUUUCAAGGUGCUGUUAAAAGAAAGUCAUGUUGUCGUUUACUUAUCUUCAUCUCACCCAUUUGAAGGCUGAGGUAAAAAAAACAAAACAAAAAUAGGGUGGGUAUUUCUUAACUGUGACUAUAUUUGACAAUUGGUAGAAGGUGCACAUUUUAAGCAAAAAUAAAAGUUUUAUAGUUUUAAAUACAUAAAGAAAUGUUUUGGUUAGGUGUUAACCUUGAUAGAAUCACUCAGUUUGGUGCUUUAAAUUAAGUCUGUUUACUAUGAAACAAGAGUCAUUUUUAGAGGAUUUUAACAGGUUCAUGUGCUAUGAUGUAAAAUCAAGACACAGUGUUAACUCUACACAGCUCCUGGUGCUUACCCACAUCAACAGUUAAAAAUAAGCUGCAUUAUUAUUUCGUGGUGCCAUCGUUCCAACAUCUUCCAAUCAUUGCUAGAAAAUCGGCAUAUUCCUUUGAAAUAAACCAAUGAAAUGUUUCUCUCUCAAGAUAUCUCUCCUGUAUAAAAUAAUUCAUUAUUGUUAAUAAUGGUUGGAGGCUGUUCAUAAACUGUAAAUAUAUAUUUUAAAAGCACUUUCUAUUUUUAAAAGUAACUUGAAAUAGUAUAGUAUAAGAAUCUUAUUGUCUAUUGUUUGUGCAUAUUUGCAUACAAGAGAAAUCAUUUAUUCUUGCUGUGUAGAGUUCCAUCUUGUUAACUGCAAUAUGUAUUCUAAUCAUGUAUAUGAUUUGUUUUUUAAAAAAAAAUGUGUCCUUUCUCAUGCAGAUAUUAGCUACUUAUAUAAAAUAGUUAGAACAUGCAAAAAUUGUUAAUUUUCUCUAAAAUCGGAACUAGGAAGCAUAUCACCAAUGUCAAUUAACAUUUUAUUUGGAAGUAAGAGUGGUCUCUUCUGAUUUAUCAAGCAACAGUGGCUCCGAUUUUACUUUCACCCCAGCUUUCUUAAUGUCAUCAUGAAAGAUUUUUCCAAAAGGAGAUGGGACAUUGUAGGAUUCAGAAGAGUCAAAUGCUUCUAACGUUUCAAGGUGAUUAAAUAUAAAAAUUAAGUAGCAAGAACCCUACCCAUCCCAAAUUGCCUUAUUUGUUCUGAAAGUCAUUCUGGUACAGAAUUAGAAUAAAAUUCCCAUAGAAAUCUUUUGAAAACAAAACCCCUAUUGUCAUCACACAUCCACACAUCCCAAACAGUAGGAGUGGCAAUCUAAGUAUGGUAUUGCCCAUUAAGAGCUAAUCCAGAGUAGUUUAUCUAAGCAUAUUAGUUUUAGGGGAAUAAAUACUGAUCUUCUCUGAUAAUUGCCUGUGUCCUAGGUAACGGGAAAAUAGGCAUUUCAUUUAUGUUAACCCUCCCAUAUUUUUUCCCAUUACUUAUUGGCUCAUUUUAUAGCAAAACAAAAGGUAUUGCCCAAACAAAAUGUUUAGAGCAAGAAAUUUCAGUGAAAUACUUGAUUCUAUUAAAAUGCAGAGGUGCUAUAACAUUCAAAGUGUCAGAUACCUUGGGAGUGUGGAAAACCUAAAUAAUGGUGCUUCUCCCUUGGAAAUGCCAUAGGAAGCCCACAACUGCUAACACUCAACAAUUUUGGUGCAAAAGCAAACAGUUCCAGCAAGCUCUAAAGAAAAACUCAUUGUAACUUAUAUUAAAAUAAUAUAUGGUGCAAAGUCUCAGUUUCAAGCUUUUGACUAAUCCAAGUAAAGGAAUAUGAAGGGAUUGUAUAUAACAAAUAUCCAUUGGUAGACCAUCAUCUUGUACAAGUAGAUUUCUGCUUCUUGAAUAUGUAAAAUAGGGUGAUUCAUUGACUUGUUUUAGUAUUUUGUGUGCCUUAGAUUUCCGUUUUAAAACAUGUAUAUUUUUGUGAGCCUAAGGUUUCUUAUAAGUAUAUAAAUAAGUGAUUGUUUAUUAUUUCAGCUGCUUUGAUAAGAUAUUUACUAGUAUUAGACUAUCAGGAAUACACCCUUGUGAUAUUUCGUUUUAGAUAUUAGGCCUUAGCUCCCACUAGAAAUUAUCUCCUCACCAGAUUUAAUGAAUCAAGUUUUAAGACCCUUUAUCCAUCCACCCAUCUUCCUUCCAUUCAACACUUACUGAAUGUCUGCAGAAUUUAAAUAUUAGCUUUUGUUUUUCUUUCAACUACCACCCAUGACACAGUAAACAUGAAGAAUUGAAAUUCUAAAGUUGCUUUUAUCCGUGUUUUUCAAAGAAACAGCAAAUUUCCUUCAAAAAAAUCCAUUGUAGGGGUGCCUGGCUGGCUCAGUUGGUAGAGCACGCGAAUCUUAAUCUCAGGGUCGUGAGAUUCGAGCCCUACAUUGGGCACGGAAUCUAUUUAAAAUUGAAAAAAACAAAAAGAACAAAAGAAUCAGUUGUAAUAUAUCUGCAGCAGUUCAAAUCAGUGUCACUAACUUUGAGUAAGUUUCUUAGCAACUGAUCUUGAAGCGCUGGUGUUACUUAGGGGAAUACUGGGAUUUGUGAAGUUGGCUGCAGUUGCCCAAAGCCAGUGCAUAAAAAUAUCCCUGCUCAACUAAAAUGUUUCCAUUCCAUUAUUAUAAUUAACACCAUUAAUGCCCUGUCUCAACUGAUAACCCCAUGGUGGGAACCACAUGUGAUUCCUACUUUGUUGGACUCUACUUCUGAAGUUUCAAUUAACAGUUUACCAUCCCAUUGUCUGCCCUGUGAUUUUUUCCUUUUUAAAUGCUCAUGCUUAUUCCAUGUUCUCCAGCAUUGUGACUGUAUGCUAGGGACACUGCUUUUAGAAUGCUCUUGAGAAGCAAGGAAAUAAAUUUGUUUGAAAUGACAUCUUCACUCAGAAAACUGGUCAUCUAACAUUUCUACACCUCCUAUUAUGUAUUACUGUAAUGAUCACCUUUUGCUUUACCUGUCUUACACCACUCAAAAUGAUUUUUUCAAUAUUCUGCCUUUGUUCAUGGUAUGAUAAUUGAAUUAGUUGAUACAUGAUCCCCAAGUUAACCCAACCUGUCCAUAAUAUGUUACAAACUUACUGAAUACAAUGAACUGCCUAUUUUAGAAUCCUACAAAAUACUCUGCCCUUCAAAAUCCUGUUUCUAACAGCUCUCAGGCCAUGGUUGAAAAAAAAUUUUUCUUCUCUUUUUCAGCCUCACCUACAUCUUUCCAAUUCAUCCACAAAGUACCAAAUACAUCAUGUGAUAGACCUAACUGAAAUAAAUUACUGGAAAGUGAGGCUAGCUGAAAAUGUAUAGCUGUAGGUAAAUUUUUGCAACACAUUAGCAAAAUGUUUGCAGCUUAACCUUCCAACAUCUUUGUUAUGCAAUCUGCAUGUGGAUGAAAUAAUUUAAUUUGUUAAAUAUAGAAUUUCAACUAGCUGAGAUCCAUAGCAAUUUACUUAAGACAGAACCCCAAAACAUACUUAAUUGAAUGCAUACCCUUGUGUAAAUGAGAUAACAAUUCAUACAAAGUAACCUACUUUCUAAUAUUACUUCAGUGGACUCAACUGAUUAUCAUUUAUUCCACAAUAGCAUGUAUGAAAAUAAUCCUAAACUACUUAAGUUUACUCUUUAAAACAAAUUCUAUUGAGAUUACGUUUUGACAUUGCAUGACAACUUCCACCAAUAGUGGGCACAGAAUUUCCUUCAAAUGUGCUGAGUAAAUCAGUAGCUGUCAUAUAACUUUUUAAUAAUAUAUAGCUACCUUCUAUUUCACAACUUCUUGAUGCAUGGAAAUUUCUUUUUUGUCUAGAGUUAAUACAACUGUGAGUUUUGAUCUUCUGUAAAAUUUCUGACGAGAAUUGUGAAAUAAUAUGGUAGUGGCCUCUCCCAGCGCUAGAAGAUACCUUAGAAGUCACACAGUUCAAUCACUGGGGCCCAGAGAGCAGAUGUUAAUGUCAGUGUGUACCUAUGUUUAUAAUUAGAGUUGAAACAAUCAAAUGAAGGCCACUUUGUGCUUAGGAGAACUCGAGGAAACAAACUUGAUUUGCUCACCCAGAGAGUGUCUCAUAACUGGGAAAUAACCUUAUUGUUGUACGAGUAAAAAUUAAAAUGGCUUUUUUUUUUUUCUGUUGAGUUUUUUGUUUUGUUUUGUUUAUUUCUGAGAGAUUCAGGAAAACAAGUCAAGUGAAAUUGGAUCUAGAUUUCCCUGCCUGCAGAGUUUCGUGGGCCUUGUGUGGGAAAUCUAGCUGACUUUGACCUAUGAAGCUGUCCUGUUAACUCAUCCAACAAAAUGUGGCAAUAGUCAUUUGCUAUUUCAAUAAAGAAAUAUCAAGUACUUAUAUAGUACAGGCUUUUAUUUCCCCUGAUAGAAGUAUUAGGCAUAUACAAGGAGUUGGAAAAAAUUGAGUGGUUGAAAGAAUUGGGGGAAAGAUACCAAUUGUAUAUACUACCUAGGCAUGGUUGUACAGUCUUAUCCCACCUCUGGCCAAGUUGGCCUCACAGUUAAGUCCUAGCAUAGUUCAUUUUGAUGUGAUUGUCUACAUGUAUUAGAAUACUGUUUUAUUGUGCACAGCUCUGAAACUUGCCCAUAAGUGUAUUGAACUUGUAACUUCAACAUCAACAGUCAGGCACACUCCACCAGGUGAUACAAUGAGUGCCCUGAUUCCUGAAGAGUCUGGAUUUACCCAAAUCAAAUUAUGCUCCACAUUGUGCUUUCUUCUAAUAGACUUGGAAAACGAGGCCAUUCAUGGCUCUGGAAUGCAAGUCAAAGGAUCAGGAUGUCAGAAGCUAAAUUUGUGUAUUUUCUUGGAAUGUAUGGAGAUUUCUUGGCUUUUUUUCCUUUUCCCAUUUAUAAAAUAGAGUCUAAGUUACUCUGUUAAGUUUGAAGAUGGUAAAACUGGCCUUUAUGCAAGAAGACAUCGCUCUUUUUGUCCACAUUGAACUCUAGAAACUUGAAUUCUCUGCAAUCCAGUAUAUCUGGAUGACUGUUUCAAUCCCUGUUCCUUCUGGGCACCCAAUCAAAUACCAUUGUUUACUUCGAAAGGCAUAAAUUUUAUUCCUUCAAGUAAUGCAAAGGUGUUCCUUACUUGGCCAUUCCUAAUCUUCACUUCUCCUUUAAGGGCCCCACAAUGUGUUUCUCUAUUGAUAGUAUGCAAUAUUUAACUUCUCUGGCUUUAGAAGUCCAACACUAAUCUCUGCAUUGUUGGCUGUACUUUUCCCAUCCCUACUGUGGUAUCAAUGAUCCUGCCCGGGUCACAAGUUUUUCUUGUUUCUUCAUGUCCCCUAUAAUUAAAGCAAAACUUAGUCUAAGGUAGGAAUGUUAUUAUCAGAUGUUAAACAUAUUACCUGAUUUAACUGAUUGAUGUUUGAGUGCAACUUGGGAAACACUUGUUUAACAAUAUAAACCUAGUUUUCCUAAAAAUAGAAAUUUUGUCCCUAGCAGCUGUUAUGAAAGGCAUUCUUUCUCUCUUGUUUUGUUCAUCAGGAAAAAAUCUUGCAGCUGUCAGAAACAUGUUCACUUUUGGAGAAACAGUACUGAAAAGUAUUUUCGUUUGUUCUUCAUUUGGCUAGGUAUAAACUUACCGUCUUUGACCAGAAUUUUUGCUUGCUAUUAUUUUUCUUUUUUCAUUUUACUGAAGCUAUGAUGUCACUACAUGUACUUUUCAUUCUUUUUACUGUUUUGAUCCUUUCCUCUGAUUUUCUUUAAAAAAAGAAACUCUAUUGCUUCCCCUCUGUGUUCUCCCUCCACUCCCCAUGGUCCCUACACAAAUACACAUGGUUCGUGUUAAGAAUAGCAGUGAUCUUGGUCAAGUUACCUUUUCCUGUUUUCUAAAAUCAUGUUUCACAAAUCCUUUGUGGAAUAAUACCAAAAAGGAUCACAAUCUUUUAUUCGGUCAUUUUCUGUUAGAAGCAAUUUCAAUUUUUAGGAAGAGAUAGUGGUCACAAGGCCCCAGGUUAGCAUCCACUUCUCUAACAAUCCCAACAAUGUUUGUUUUGUUUUGUUUUGCGUUUUAAAUCCCAACAAUGUCUGACUCUCAACGUGUUUAUUAGUGUUUGAGUGUUUUGCAAAACUUUAUAUCAGAAGUUAAAUAUUCUAGCACUAUUUCUGUAUAGCUUUGCUAUUUCUGUAUGACACAUCAUACUAAUAUUAUAAGUUGUCUGACCAGUGGCUUUGAAUUAAUAACAGGUCUGAUUUAUACAGUAGACAAUAUUUUCUUUUCACAUAUUUUAUCUCCCAGCCCAGUUUUGUGCAUGGUAUUUACUUUCCAGUGUAAAUUUACCCCUUUGGAAUUUGGGUUUUGGCAAUAAUAGGAACUAUUCUAUAAUCUGGAUGAGAAAGGUUAAAAAAAAAAAAAAGAACUGAAAGUAAUUUAAGGAAUUCUUAAAGAUGGGAUAAAUCAGUUAUCAGGGUUGUGAGCGUAAUAGGGGAGAGUUCAGGGGCAGGAAGGAGGGAGAAUUGUGUCCCUAUCAUCAAUCUGCAGGUUCACUCCACCAGAUCAACACCAAAACAUACUUUAAUAGCUCCUCCCCACCCCAUGACAGUUUUAUCUGAAAAAUAGCAGCUCAAAAUGAGGAACCAUUGUGAAUGCAAAUAUGGUAGUAAGAAAAAUUAUAAUCCCUGUACUUUAUAAUGUUUUAGGUUAUCAAACUGCUUUACUGUGUGCUCCCUUUUUCUCCCCAACACUGAAGGUUGGACAAAUGUCCAAAUGUUCCCAUCUUACUGGUGAUGGGAACCUGCAGAUUGGCAAGAAGAGCAAAUGCCUUGCUCCAAGUCAUAGAGCAAGUCAACCCAUCUGAGACCAAACCAUUUCAUAGCUGCAGACUGCAGACUGCAGAAUGCAUUUCUGCACCAUAAACUAUGAUUUCAAGAGUGUUAUUGAGUAGAAAUUUUGUCAGACCUAAUCUAAGAAUAAUGUAAAACCUACUUAUUGUAUGCAAAACAUGCUUCUGAAGUGUUUUGUUUCCACUAUUUAUUUAGCCAGGGAUUUUUUUGUGCAUACUUUGGAAGGUCUCCCCAAAUUCCCAAGACUUCUGCAUUUUAGGAUUUAGAUUAAUGAAGCUUUAGUUUUUCCCUGUAAAUAAACUUUUUAAUAAAGAAUGUCCCUGUACUACUAAAACAAAGGGAAACCUCAAUGAUAUUUGUCUUAAAUAUUAUUUUUAAAAAGACUGAGAUCAGCAACUCAGAAUCAAAGUUUAAUGUAUUUGUUAUAUUGAAAUGAAGGUUUCUAGAAGGGAAUGUCCUGGGUGAACUAUUUUAGUUCCCAGGUGUUCAUGGUAAAAACGUAAAAUUGCUGGCAUCUCUAAGAGAUAGUACUGUCUCCCACUUAUUUAAAUUUGUUUUGUUUUGUUUUUUGUUCCACUUUGUUUAAACAUACCUUUGCCCAGAGAGUUAAGAAAAAGAAUGAGAUGUAUUUGUAAAGUUUUGGUAAAAGCUCUUUAUAAAUAUAAAGAGGUGGGAUAUUUUGGCAAUUCCAUCGGUACAUUAUGGGUUGCUAAAGAGAAACCCAAACUUCCCUAAAUAGUCAAAUAAAUUCCACUUUUGGUGAUUUGGUUCAGUAACUGCCUAUCCUCACUAAUGCGUUUGUGAUAUUAUAAAAUGGCUGACAAUGUAGGACUUUACAAAAAUAGUUCUUAGAAAACAAAACAAAACAAAGACUAAAUAUUUUUUAUUAAUAGGUAUGGUCAUUUUUUUUAAACUUCUAUAACAGAUAACAUUGUGAUAGGUGCUUUAAGAGAAAUAUUUUUCCAGAAAUGGUUUUAUAGUAAAAAAAUGGGGGUGGGGGGAGCUUUUGCAUUGUGACAUAUGGGUGGAUAGUCAUCUUUGAGUUACUAAAAAUCAUGAAGUGUUCCCUGAAGAGAAACUCAUAAAACUACUUGACAGAAAGAAAAGCAUUAAUUUCUAGUUUCUUCAUUUUCUCUUGUGUUAUAUGGUGACCUACCAAGUAGAUUCACGUGCAUAUCAAUACUUCGGCUCAAAGGAGAAGAUUGAGUGCUUUUCAAUAGUGGGAGUAAAAUAUUCACAGAUUCUUCAUCAUGGGGAAAUAGAGUAGUACUGACUUUCCAUAGAGAAAUACCAAUUUCACAAGUUAAUAUUCCUGUCUCUAGGUGACUUUGUCUCUCCUUAGGGUAUAUUUACUAUUUAUUUUGUACCUUUGAUUUUUUGCUUUGGGGGAUUAUUUUUUACCUAUUGCAGUCCUACUGUAUUAAAUAUCCCAUAUAAUGAAAUAAGUUAGUAAGGAAAAGAUUUUAAAACUCCACAAAAUCUGGUUUGGGUUCUUAAUAUAUGGGAAAAACAGUUUAAAGAAAAAGCACUUCACCAUGCAGAAGGGAAAGAGAUAAUCUUAAUUAUGGUAAUUUCAAUUCAGGAUCAACAUGUAGUGCUCUGCAUACAAGGGAACACUUACUAGCAGUACUUGAAGUCUUGUGAGUUGGAAUUGCAUGUUACUUGAAAGACCUAAUUAAGCUAAAUUUUGGUGCACAGCAGGUGUACAUGAUUUCAUGUUUAUGUAGCAAAAUGCAUUGAAAUGUACUAGUAUUGAAACAUACAUGUAAAGAGUUGUGGAAAUUGUCUAUUAUAUUUUCCUUGUGUGUCUCAUUUAUUUAGAGCACAAAGUUUCUUUUUUUUAAGUGUUCUAACUGAAUAAGGCUAAAUGAAUACUGUAAUUGAAAUUAUAUUUUAAAUCUUUGUCAUGAGUUUUUAAAAAAACUAUUGCAAAUUGUAUCAUUCCUGAUUACACAGAACUUUGUGGGUGGUUUUAAAUAAAUUUUAUACUUCUA